CAUUUAUUUUCAGACUGGCGCUGUGCUGUAUUCCAUUCUGUGUCAUUUUUUCGAAAAUUCCAUUUUAUUUUGUGAUCUGAUAAGAACUAUAAGAAGUUUCCUAAAAAUGAGCGGCUUGGUCAGAUCAGCACACAGAGUAAUCCAGGGGUGCGUUAAAAACACAGGCAUAGCUAGUGCACUAGUGAGCCGAGCGCAGGCUCCCGUGAAGCGUGAUUUCACGAGAGGAAUAUGGCACAUGAGCUGCUCAAAGAGGAUGGACGGGGCUGCGGCCACCAGCCUGCUCCAUAACCAUUCCAACAUAUGCAGCUGUGGAUGCGGUCUGAAAGCCCUACACACAAAAGGAGAGCGAGAGCUAGUGGAGUUCCUCACAGAAGAGAUAGUGGCGGAGAGGAAGGCGCAGAAGUUGAAGACGCUGCCCACGGAGGUGGAUGGCUUCAAGGUGACGGGGACUGGGGCUGAGGUGCUGCUCUCAAAGGCACUGAAAGAUGAAGUAAUCAACGUAACAUUCAACGUGAACCACACCGUCGACUCGGACGACUUCGGCGAAGGCGAUGUGCAACCAGAGAAGCAGGAGUUUGCCGAGAUGCGCUCCAAGCCUCAGUUCGAAGUAGACAUUGUUCGCGGUGACACCACGCUUGGUUUCACCUGCUCGUUCCUACAAGACCCGCCUACUACCAAUGCUGAUGAGUACAAUGACAUAUUUGGAAUCGACGAGGUGACCCUCUACAAAGGCGAGUGGAACGACAAGGUGUACGCGGUUGCUGGCGACGUUCUUGAUGGGUACCUGUACGACCUCCUAAUGAACUUGUUGGAAGAGAAGGGCAUCAGCAACAACUUCGUUCAGAAACUGUCUGACUUCAGCACCGGAUACGAGCACGCCGCCUACAUCAACCUGCUCGAGGGCAUCUCUAAAUUCACCAUUGGAAAACAAUAGAUUUGUCUAUGCACAGACGGAAGCGGCAAUGUCUUUUUCUUAUAGUCUGUUUUCUCUGUGGAUGUUAAUAUUAUUGAGAAUAUUUUGACACUUUUUUUAUAUCAUCUAUCGUUUUGGCUCCUAUCUUUUCUUAGUUUUUUUAACUGUGUUUUACAGUUAAAAAAAAACUAAAAAAUAGUCAACUGUAGGCGCGCAUAACUAUGGUUGAUAUACAUAAAAUUUAUAGGUGAAAACAUUUUCCAUUUUAUCAAUAUCCAGAUAGAAAAAUGUAAAAUAUGAUUGUAUGGAGAAGACGUUGUCUGCUUUCCUCUGAAAAAAAUAUAGUGUAUGGUACAUAAUUAUUGUUUGUGUCAAAAAAUAAUGAUGGAAAUGAGAUACCGCAAUAUAAUAUGGCACAGGAGGCCACAAUAGCAUUUAAUUUGCUGAAACAGCUUUAAAAGAUGUUAGUUUAGUUGACAAGGAAGUGUUCUGUUCAUUUUAGUGAUAUUUGGUUAGUUACGUUUGAAUAAAUGUAUCCGAAUUUAGA